CCCCUCGCGCCCGGUCAGGAGGAGCCAUGGGGCGCUGGGCCCGGGCCCCCGGCACCUGGCCCCCUCCCGGACUGUCCCUGCUUCUGCUCCUGCUGCUGGGGCCCCUCGGGGCCCGACCCUGGGCUGGCAGGAACCACACGGAGACUCAAGAACCUAAUGCUACGGUGACCUUUGGGAGCCCCCCACUUCCCGUGACCUCAGUGGCCCCCACAACCUCACCAGUGGGCACCCCAAAGGCCGAGGAACCUCGUGGGGAGGGGCUCACCUCCCCACCCAGCGCGGCUCCCUCCAGCAGCAGCCCUGGGGGCCCAGCAGUGCUCACUGAGGACGGGCAGCUCUGCCGGUUCCCUUUCCGCCAUGGCGGCCGCCUGCUUCAUUCCUGCACUUCGGAGGGAAGCGCCCACAGGAAGUGGUGUGCCACGACUCACAACUACGACCGUGACCGGGCCUGGGGCUACUGCGCGCAGGCCCCCGAGCCCCGGGGAGGCCCAGCCGCUCCGGACCCCUGUGCCUCCAGCCCCUGCCUCAACGGGGGCUCCUGCACCAACACCCAGGACGCCGGGUCCUACCACUGCACCUGCCCCGGGGCCUUCACUGGCAAGGACUGCGGCACGGAGAAGUGCUUCGACGAGACCCGCUACGAGUACCUGGAGGCCGGCGACCGCUGGGCCCGGGUGCACCAGGGCCGCGUGGAGCAGUGCGAGUGUGCGGGGGGCCGUGUCCAGUGCGAGGACACACGCCACACAGCCUGCCCGAGCAGCCCGUGCCUGAACGGGGGCACCUGCCACCUGGUUGUGGCCACCGGGACCACCAUUUGUGCCUGUCCCCCGGGCCACGCCGGGAGGCUCUGCAACAUCGUGCCUGCCCAGCGCUGCUUCACGGGGAACGGCACCGAGUACAGGGGCAUCGCCUGCACGGCCGCCUCCGGCCUCAGCUGCCUGGCCUGGAACUCCGACCUGCUCUAUCAGGAGCUGCAUGUGGACUCGGUGGCCGCCGCGGCCCUGCUCGGCCUGGGCCCGCACGCCUACUGCCGGAACCCCGACAAGGAUGAGCGGCCCUGGUGCUACGUGGUGAGAGACCACGCGCUCUCCUGGGAGUACUGCGGCGUGGAGGCCUGCGAGUCCCUCACCAGAGCCCCGCACUCGCCCACCCUGAACCUGCGGACCGUGCCCGGGGCCGCCCCCGCCGGACGCCAGGCUUGUGGCCGGCGGCACAAGAAGAGGAGCUUCCUGCGGCCGCGCAUCAUCGGGGGCUCGUCCUCGCUGCCCGGCUCCCACCCCUGGCUGGCCGCCAUCUACAUCGGCGACAGCUUCUGUGCGGGGACCCUGGUCCACACCUGCUGGGUGGUGUCCGCCGCCCACUGCUUCUCCCACAGUCCCCCCAGGGAAAGUGUCACAGUGGUCCUGGGCCAGCACUUCUUCAACCUCACAACGGACGUGACACAGACGUUUUACAUCGAGAAGUACAUCCCGUACCCCAUGUACUCGGUGUUCAACCCCAGUGACCAUGACCUCGUCCUGAUUCGGCUGAAGAAGAAGGGGGACCGCUGUGCCGUCCGCUCGCAGUUCGUCCAACCCAUCUGCCUGCCUGAGCCCAGCAGCCCCUUCCCCGCUGGACACAAGUGCCAGAUCGCGGGCUGGGGCCACCAGGACGAGAACGUGAGCGGCUACUCCACCUACCUGCGGGAGGCGCUGGUGCCCCUGGUGGCCGACCACAAGUGCAGCAGCCCUGAGGUGUAUGGGGCGGACAUCAGCCCCAACAUGCUGUGUGCUGGCUACUUUGACUGCAAGUCCGAUGCCUGCCAGGGGGACUCGGGUGGGCCCCUGGCCUGCGAGAAGAACGGCGUGGCCUACCUGUACGGCAUCAUCAGCUGGGGUGACGGCUGCGGGAGGCUCAACAAGCCCGGCGUCUACACCCGUGUGGCCAACUACGUGGACUGGAUCAACGACCGGAUCCGGCCCCCUAAGCGGCCUGCGGGUCUCUCCUGAGCGCCCCCGGUGGGGGGCGUGCUGCCUCCCUGCCACUCCCUGCCUGCCGGCAAUAAAGAUGCUCCAAAGAACAGAGCCCACCCUGCCUGUCCACUGCCCCCGGGCCCGGCCGGGGCCCGCACGCCCCUUCCCUGACGUGCGCUUCCUCUGUGCCUGCUCCCCCGAGUGCUGAGCACGGGUCUCUUCACGAAAUGACUCGCAUCUGCAGGGCGUCGGGGGUCAAGCCGCCCUUGCAUUCCU